AUGUAUGAGAACCCAUCAUGUCCGGAGUCUUGGCAUUACUGGGGAAACUCAUGCUACAUGAUCACUGAGACGACAUUUACCUGGGCAGAUGCUAAAGAUGAGUGUAGAAACCUGGGUGGUGUUCUUGGUGUACCGAGCUCUGAUCAAGAAAAUGAGUUUAUACUGCAACUGGUUAAACACAAAGAACCAGUAUGGCUCGAUUGUAACGAUCAAGAGGUGGAGGGGAACUGGAAGUGCAGAGAAGGUAACGUGGAAGUCGCUUACAGAAACUGGUAUUCUACUGAACCGAAUAAUCAGGAAGGAGAUGAAGAUUGUGCAGCCUUGAAUAAGGGGCUUGGAAAUGAGAACCAAUGGCAUGAUGGGAGUUGCAGCAGAGAAGAAAGAGCUCUUUGCAAAAUGGCUGACAGACCACUCCUUCACGUGUGA